AUGAAUCAUAUAUCAUCAAGCAACGUCAAGAAGAUUUCAAGAAUGGAGCCGCCGCCGGUAGACGAGGCGGCAGAGAAAACGAUCUCGGACUAUCUGCGGUCUUGGGGAUUGGAAGCUUACAUUCCAAAAUUUUUGGAAGAAUCCAUUGAAGUGGAGACUCUCCAAAUGUUGUCAGAGGUUGACCUGAAAGACUUAGUGCCAAUUAUUGGACACCGGGCUAAGCUGACGACACAAAUCAAACUUUUGACCAAUAUAAUGUCAAAUGCUUUUGAGAACACUUGUACUAAUACUACUCCGGACUCAAACAACCAAAUAAUGCUGUAUACAGUGGAAGAUUUGCCAGUUGCACAGACAUUACCUGAUGAUGAGGACCCCCCUGAAAUCUCUAAAAUAGAAAUAGAAAGUUUGUGA